AGUGUGCGUGCGUGCGUGCCAGUGUGUGUGUGCGCGUUAUCUCAUCUGUGUGUGCAGUAGUGUGCGGUGGUUUGGCCAUCACGCCCCGGAGAGCAGCUGUCGAAGCUUCAUUUUGUGGCAAAAGUUCGCCGUGGAAGGAAGCCGAACCAAGGAAACCGCAACUUGUCCGUAGCUACGGAAGCCCCGCCGCCGUCGUGUGUCGUGUGUCGUGUGUCGUGUGUGAGACAAUCCGUUCCAGCCUUUCCGGGCCAGCCAAGUCAGGGUCAGUGCGCGCAGUUCAGGUGCAUUCUGUGAACGAAGCUCAACGUAACGCCAGAUUCAAAAUGGCCCUUCGUGUGGUUGGUUUGAUGAUGCGCCAGGAGCUGGCCGGGAUAACCGGCAAGCCAGCGGGGCGCAUGUUCAGCACGAGCCGCGGUCCGCACUGUGCCAAGGUGCUGGGUCACUCUCCCAACGCCCAUCUCAACAAGGGGCUCCUGGAACGGUACACGCGCCUCAAGUACGACCCCAAGUACGUGCAGGCCACGUACGUGUGGAUCGACGGAACGGGUGAAAACGUGCGGCUGAAGGAUCGCGUCCUAGACUAUGUGCCCACGAAGCCGGAGGACGUGCCGAGCUGGCAGUACGACGGAAGUUCCACGUACCAGGCACUCGGUGGCAACUCGGACAUGAAGCUGGUUCCGCGGGCCCUCUACCGUGAUCCGUUCAAGGCCGGACCGAACGAUGUGAUCGUGCUGUGUGACACGUACCAGCCGGACGGUAAACCGACCGCUUCGAACCAUCGGGCCGCCAUGCAGGACGCUUACAACCGCACGAAGGAUCUGGAACCGUGGUUCGGGAUUGAGCAGGAGUACACGUUCCUCGACGUGGACGGGCGUCCGCUGGGCUGGCCGGUCGGUGGUUUCCCGGGACCGCAGGGACCGUACUAUUGUGCCGUUGGCGCUCAGAACGUCGUGGCGCGUGAUAUUGCCGAAGCGCAUGCCGUCGCCUGUUUGUACGCAGGCGUACAGUUCGCCGGUACCAACGCCGAGGUCAUGCCGGCUCAGUGGGAGUACCAGGUUGGGCCGGCGCUCGGUAUGAAGUGCGCGGACGACCUGUGGCUUUCGCGGUACAUUCUUUGGCGCAUCGCCGAGGAUUACGGCGUGGUCGUGACGUUCGAUCCGAAACCGAUGGAGGGCAACUGGAACGGAGCGGGUGGACACUGCAAUUUCUCCACCAAACCGAUGCGGGCCGAGGGCGGCAUCAAGGCGAUCGAGCAGGCCAUCGAGAAGCUGUCGAAGAAGCACGACAAACAUAUCAAGGCGUACGAUCCGCGCGGAGGAAAGGACAACGAGCGCCGUCUGGUCGGUCGGCUCGAGACCUCGUCGAUCGACAAGUUCAGCUGGGGCGUGGCGGAUCGUGGCACCUCGGUGCGCAUUCCGCGCGGUGUCGCGGAUGCCAAGAAGGGCUACCUCGAGGAUCGGCGCCCGAGCUCCAACUGCGAUCCGUACAGCGUCUGUAAUGCGAUCCUCACGACGUGCUUGGUGGAAUAGAGCGACAAAUAGCGAUCAGCAAGUACUUCUCCACCGCUGCCAGAAUUGUCGAGGGGGUGCAGAAUCGGUGCAGUUUCGGUUCAGUUUUAGUAACUGCCACAAAGAGCAUGUAUACGUUGAUUUUUUUAUUACUGCUUCAGGUCGUUCUAUCGUUUUAUGCUAGGGACGCGGCACGCAAUGACCGUAGGUGAUUAUUUUUAAUAGUGCAAUCGAUGGACUGACGAUUUUUGGUGAGGCACAGAGACCAGGACCGCAUUGGUGGGUCGUUUUAUCAGCUUUUAUAAAGAUGUUGUUCUGUAGCGACCGAUGUUAGGAGGAAAAGUUUUGGGAA